AAAAGUUUGUCUGUAAAAGACUAUUUCUUUUGCGGAAAUUACUCCGACUGAGAAGUGUCUGGAAAGGAGGUUGGUGAUUUGGUGCUUCAACUGCAGCAACUGCUCAUGAGUCAUACCUCCUGAUUUAGGGCAAACUCACAACGGAGAGAGAGUUCAUGGCGUCGAUUUGUGUUUUUAUGCCAUCUGCAUCUUCGACGUCGAGAACUUUGUCAAUUCCCUCCUCGUUGGCAACUGCGGCGUCGUCGUCGUCUUCGUAUUCGCCUACGCUUUCGAGGGCUUGUUUUUGUUUCAGACGCUCUCUUGUUCUCGUGCCUGCGCUUGUAACUCGGUCCAAACAUCUGGCGUUUUAUGGCAGUCGAAGUCGGAGGGGGCAGAGGCAGGUGGUUCGUAUGGCUCCUGAAGAAGAGAAGUUGACUCGCCGCAACCCUCUCGAUUUCCCCAUCGAGUGGGAAAGGCCCAAGCCUGGGCGUAGACCUGAUAUCUUCCCUCAGUUUAGUCCAAUGAAAACGCCGUUGCCACCCCCAUUGCCAUGUGAUCCUCCAGAGGAAGAUGAAGAUGAAGAUGAGGAAGAAAAGAAAGAGGAAGAAGAGGAAAAUCCUGAAGAGGAAGAGCCAGAUAAUCCUGAAAAGAAGUCAACAUCCAAUUUUUGGUGGAAGAACUUAUCAUAGUGUGGGUCACUUUGUGAUGCACAGGCUGCAUGCUUGUGCAAGGCUGGUGGGGAAAGUAAUGAUGCAAAUGCAGGCAGCGUUGCGGCUCAACCAUGAUGCAGCCUAACUAGAGCUGAAGGGAUAAUGAAAGAGCUUGAUUUUGAUUUAGUUGGGCAUUUCUUGUAGGUUUUAUGUGCUGGUGGGUUUUUUGUUCAAUAGUUCGUUUGUUUCAACUUGAUGUGAGGAACUCUGUCCUGCUAAUUACCCAUUUUGAAGAGGGGAAGGGAGAGAGUGAGGGAGCUUAAUUUUGUUUGGGACUACUCUUGUAGUAUAUGAUGUUAACACAAUUGUUAACAAUAUAUGGUCUUUUGAAGUUGCUGUAUAAUGCCUCCUGCACAGAUGAUUCAACCAUGGUAUCAUGGUAUAUAGUUAAUUUUCAAGAGGGUAUUUUUUUUUUUUUAA